CAAAUCCAACGCCUUCCACAUUAUUACACCGGAAGGCCUUCCUACCAUGUAAACGCGAUUAGAUUAGCGCAUCGCUUCCUCUGCGCUCCUCACCGGAUCCUUCCUCUUGAAGGCUUUGGAUCUUCACCUUGUGGUCGCAGGUCUGAGGUCGCCGAUUUGGUCCGGAUCGUCGUUCUCUCGGGAUCCGACUCCCCGGACCAAGUCGUUUGACUGGUGUUGUCUGGAUCGGGUGGACAUGCGGCGGAGGGCGCCCGAGUUCCGGCGCCCGGCCAGAAGGCGGCUCUCGUACUGGAUAUGUUUGCUAAUUGGGAUCUCGAUCGCCGCGGGACUCGUUCUCUUCCUCUUUCAACACCACCACCAGGAUCGAUUUGAGCCGCUCUUACGGGAAAAGGUUGUAGCUGAUGAGGAAAUCACUCGUGAAUCUCUAAACCUCACCCAGGAGCUGUUAAGUAGUAGUUCCUACGCCAGGCAACUUGCUGAUCAGAUGACACUGGCCAAGGCUUAUGUAGUCAUAGCCAAGGAGCAUCACAACCUUCAGCUUGCAUGGGAGCUUAGCUCACAUAUAAGGAAUGGUCAACGUUUGCUCUCUCAAGCAGCUGUGAGAGGGAAAUCAAUCACCCUAGAAGAAGCACAUCCUGUCGUGAGUAGACUAGCACAGCUUAUAUACAAGGCCCAAGAUUUCCAUUAUGACAUUAGCACUACAAUAACAACACUAAAGAGCCACACACUUGCUCUUGAAGAGCGUGCAAAUGCAGCAACUGCACAGAGUGCAGAGUUUGGCCAACUGGCUGCAGAAACAAUGCCCAAAAGCCUCCACUGUUUUAACAUAAAACUCACAGAGGAGUGGUUUAGAAAUUCGUCUCUUAUGAAACUGUCAGAAGAGCGAAGGAACUUGCCUCGACUUGUUGACAACAAUCUAUACCAUUUCUGUAUAUUCUCUGAUAAUGUGAUGGCAACUUCUGUUGUCGUGAAUUCCACAGCUUCUAAUGCUGAUCAUCCCCAACAGCUUGUGUUUCAUGUGGUCACAGAUGAGGUCAACUACAGGGCUAUGACUACUUGGUUUCUCAGGAAUGAUUUUAGUGGAUGUACAGUCGAGGUUCGAAGCAUAGAAGAGUUAAAUUUGUUGAACACCUCUUUCUCUCCACUGGUCAAACAGCUAAUGCUUGCUGAAACUAGAGCUUAUCACUUUGCUGGUAGUUCACAAGAUCAGAAUGCGGAAUCAAGGUUGAAGGACACUAAUUUUGCUUCUUUACUAAAUCACUUGCGGUUCUACAUCCCACAGAUACAGCCGCUGUUGGAAAAGGUGGUGUUUCUGGAUGAUGAUGUUGUGGUACAGAAGGAUCUAACCCCUCUGUUCUCAGUGGAGUUGCAUGGGAAUGUUGUUGGAGCUGUAGAGACUUGCCUAGAAGCAUUUCAUCGGUUCUACAAAUAUAUCAAUUUCUCCAAUCCAGUUGUUAGUUCAAAAUUUGAUCCACAAGCAUGUGGAUGGGCUUUUGGGAUGAAUAUCUUUGACCUAAUAGCAUGGAAGAAGGCAAAUGUUACUGCAAAAUAUCACUACUGGCGGGAGCAGAAUGCUGACAAGAUGAUCUGGAAGAGAGGCACUCUUGCUCCUGGCCUUCUGGCAUUUUAUGGGCUGAUGGAACCCCUUGAUCAGAGGUGGCAUGUGCUCGGGUUGGGUUAUGACCCGGAAAUUGAUGACAGGUUGAUUGAGAGUGCGGCUGUUGUGCACUUCAAUGGGAACAUGAAGCCCUGGCUUAAAUCAUCUAUAAGCAGGUACAAGAAUCUUUGGGAACAAUACAUCGACUUCUCACAUCCACUUAUUAAAGACUGCAUAAUGCAUUGAGAUUUUAAACAUUGCUUGGUAUCCUUUUGUAUCAUAUUGUAGUAGCUUGAUGCUUAUUUUUCAACUCGUACCAUUUGAGGGAAAAGGGCCAGACAAAGUAGGCAGCAUCACCAGCAACAUAUAUGGGGGGAUUCAACAAUUCGUUUUAGCAGAUGUAAUAAUUUUCGUAUGCGGUGUAACAUUUUACCGGACCUCAAAUUUUGGAAAUUAAGCCAGAUAAAUUGGAUGGCGAUUUGAGAACAGAGAUAUAUGAGAAUCAGCUUCUUUCUUAGGCUGUUUAGAAGUUGUGCAGGUACCAUGAAGUUGCGUAUGGCUUUUUUGACUGGACAACUGUUUACAUAGAACUAUAAAUGUGCUUUCCGUCACAGAAAAUUUAAGAUCAAAAUCUUGAUUGA